AUGAUUUUUUGUUUUUUGAAAAAGAUAAUUGGAUUUGAAGUAUGAAUCAUAUAAUAAGCUAGUGUUUUUCCAAUUUAAAUUUUAAAGAGAAUUACGUAGAUAUUAAUAGAGAAUUUUUAAAGUACAAAUGUAUUCCUAAAUUGAGGUAUGAUAAAGAUGAAUAUUUAAUUAAAUAAAUCUUAAUUCCAUCUCUUCGAGGAGGAGGAUGCUGCGGAGGCAAAUCUGGAGGAUCUAAAUCAGUAAUUGAAAUGUAAAGCACGCUUGGUAUGGAUUACAGAAAAACAAUGUAAUCAAAUUGCCAAUUGAUUAUUGAUAAAUGUGAUUAAGUUUAUGAUAAUUUUUCUAGAAAUGAAAUAAUGAUGUCAUUGUAAUGGUUUAUUGAUAAUCGAUAUAAGAUUUGUGAAAUUUGUAAAAAUGACUAUUGGAUUUUAAUGCUUUAUGAUUUAGCAUUAAAAUAAUUAAGACAGCUUGUUGAAGUUAUUUCAAUUUAUUUAAGAGAAUCAGGAUGUCUUUGUUAUUAUGUUUUGGAAGUUUGUAAUGAUUUGUUAUUGAUAAUUUAUACUUAUUAGCUUAAUGAUGAAAAGCGCUUUCUUUUGACUGAAGUGCAAAUUGAAUUAUUAUCAAAAAUUGAAAUUUUCUAUAAAGAUCUUGAAGCUCAUUAAAUAUUUUGGAAAAGUGGGCUAGAGUUUUAGGUAACUUUAAUGAAAACAGUUUUAAUAAAUAGUAGGACAAACUCUAAGAAAUAAUAGGAUAAAUUAAUAUAAAUUGCAUCCGCUGCAUUUUCUUCUUUAUUAUCACUUUCAAUAAAAUAAGAUUUUAUAAAUAAUUUAUGUGAUUUUGCAAAAUAUUUGCUAGAGGAAAAAUACAAUUAAUUUUAGUUUCCAAUUAAAACAUAUCAAAUAUAUUACUUUUUCUUUCUAUUAAAAUGGAGCAUCAUCAAAAGUAUUUAAGAUAAGAAUGUUGUAAGUUAAUCAAUCGUAGACCUUUAAUCAGGAUAUGAAUAACAUAUUUAGAAUUCAGAUAAUUGGAUAGUACAUUUUUGUUGGAUAAAUGCUAUCUCAGAUUUGAUUUCAUAUAGGAAAAUAAUAAGUUUAAAUGAAAUGAAAUAAAGUUAGUUAUGGAAUGAACUAAUUAAACAAAAUAUUAUUUAAGUCUUAUCUUAUGAUAAAUUACUUGGAAAAGUAAAUAAUAGUUUUUCCUUUAAUUCUAUAGAUUGUGAAUUAGGACAAAAAAUAAAUGAUUUAGGUUUUAAAAAUAUGAGGUAAUUUUAAAAUGCUAUUUUAAAUCAAUAAUUUAUUAAUAAAUAAAAUUUCUUUUAAUUUUAUGUAGAUUUUACCUUUUCAAAACUUAAAAAGACAAAAGAUAAAAACAAUAUAUAAUAAUAAUAAUAAUAACUCUAAUUAUUGGGUGUUGAUGAAUAAUAGAAGAAACUUGAAUAUUUAUGUAAAUUGUUAAAAGAGAUUAAAGGAAAGGUAGAAAAAUAUAAUGAAAGUUUGGUUGAAUUAUUCCCAACUCAAACUUAGGAAGUAGAAACAAAAAAUAAAGUCAAUUAUUAAGAAGAAGUUCAAUAAUUAGAGUUUGUUCUUUUCAAGCUUUCUUAUUUACUUCAGGAAGUAGAUUUUACUAUGAUUAUUGAGAUGAAGAGAAUUGAAAUCUGUCAAGAAUAAGCAAAACUGAGUGUAUUUUAAAUUUAAAAUGAAAAAGAUAAAAAAAAAUCAGAAAGCUAGAUUGGUGAUAUAAAAUAGCUUGAAAAUAUUUAUAAUGAUUGGAUUAAAUUAGAUGUUCAAAAAAAAAAAUACAAUUAAAUUUUUGAUUAAAUUUCAAAAUGUAGAGGAUUUUAAUUUAAGUUUUCUAAAAAUGAAAAAAAUGAAUCCCAAAAAUAAUAAUAGUAAACUCAAGACAAUCAAUUAAGUUUAUUUAUUAGAGAUAUUUAGAUUUUAAUAGAAAACUUUUUAAAAGAACUUAAUAUUUAAUAUUAAGUAUUAUGGAAAUUUUGGAGCUCUAACAAUAAACUAGAAAUCAUCAAAGAAGAUGAAAAAUUUGAUGAAAAAAUGAAUCAGUUCUUCUUGGAUAUCAUUGAGAAAAAUAAAAUAUCCUUUAUCAAUAAUGAAGAACAUAAAGAAUUCAAGGAAACUCUUAUUCAAUAACAAUUUUAAAAUUUUGAGGAUAUAUAAUAUUUUGGCUUGAAUAUUUAGAAUUAUAUCAAAAUGAUGAUUAUUUUAAAAGGUUAAUAUUUGCAGUAAAUUUAUAUUUUUUCUAAAUUGAAGUUCAAUAUCAAAUAAACAUUAGAAAUUAAAUAAAGUAAAGAGCUUAAAUAAUAAGAUACUAACUAAUAAUAACAAAUAUCAAUAAAUGAGUUGAUUUCAGAACAAUAAAAAAACAUUGAAACAUUCAUUUAAAAAGAUCUUAAAAAAUAAAAUUGUAUUUAGGAAAUACUUGAAUAAAUUGAAAUAUUAAAAGAUAAAAUUAUAGUAAAAUUUGCUUCUUAAUAAAACAGUUUAGUAAAUUAAGCUUUAAUUCUACAAAAUGAACUUAUUAAUUUAGUUUAUUAAUUUCGUUUAUCUUCUGAUGAAAAUCUCGAUUAAUUCAAGAAAGAUAUAUAGGAGAAAUACCAAUAAUAUAAUCAAAAUAAUAACUCAAAUAAUGAUCAAUUUUAAGCUAUCUAAGAUCAAACUUAACCAGAAAAUAUUGAAUAGAAUGAGUAUUUAAUACUUAUUUCCAAAAAAUUAACAGAAUGGAAUUAAUAUAUAAUCAAUAUUGAUAAGUUUAUUAAUAAUAUGGAAGAACUAUCCCAUUAUGUAAACUAAUAUUGUAAAGGAUUAAUAUAUUUAACUGAAAAAAAUAUUAAAAAUCAUUCGAUAGAUGAGGUCAAAAAAAUAAUCAAAGAAUUAAUAAAUAAAUUAGAAUUAGAAAAAUAAUAAAAUUAGCUUACAUAGAAUAUUUUAGAUAAAAAGUAAACUGAGGAAAAUUAAUUGAAAAAUAAAAACUUUUCUUUAAAAGAUUUUGCCACUAUUUUUUGUUUUAAUUAAACAACAUAAGUGAUAACAGUUUAAAUAGAUAAAGAAUAUUAAGAAAUAUUAGAUUAUUUAGAAUAAGAAAGGAAUGUUGAAAGAAAGUUCUAUGAUUUAAGUAAAGAUUAUAUAGUUCGUGAAUGCUUUCUCUUUCAUUUAAUAAAAAUUUAAUUUUAAGUUCCUGAAAAAGAAUUAUUAUUGUUAUGUCAAAAAUAUAUAAAAUAAAUGUGGAUGGUAGAAAAAGAUGAAAGUGUUCGUGCUUUUCUAAAAAAUAAAGAGAUGAUAGAGAUAUAAAAAUAACUGUUCUCUCAUGAUCUUAAAACAUUAUCUGCAAGUAUCAAAGACGAGAUGAAUUAAAGAUUAUAGAAAAUGGAUGAGAUUGAAUAAAAAAUACGCUUUGAAGGUUAUUAAUAGUAGAGGGAUGAAUUGUAAAGAAAAUUAAUAAAAAAAUAUGAGAAAUUUGAGUAAUUUCUAGAUAAUAUUUCUGAAAUGUCUUAGCAAUUGGAUAUUACUUUGAUCUUUUUAAAGGAGCUAUAAAAAAAUGUAAAAUAAAUUAAAAAGAAAAUAGAUGAGCUUUAGGAAUCAAUAAAUGAGAUUAUAAAUGAUGUGAGAAAGUUAAGAGGAAAAAAAUAUGAAGAGAUAUUUAAAAUUAGAAAAGAAAAGGUAAAAAAAUAAGCCUAUCUUAUUGAACUUGAUUCUGUAUACAUUCCAUUAAAAACAUAAGAAUUUAAUCCAUUUACAGGAUUAAUCUAAGAAAUUGCUACAGAUUAAUCAAUUUCUUUUUUGCUAGUUGAAAAAAUUAAAUAAAACUAAAAAAAUGGCAUGGAAGGAGAAGUUAAUUAAUUUAUAUAUGAAGAAGAGACAAAAGAUGUAAUGUUAAUCAAAGGUCAAGCUGGUUCAGGUAAAAGUAGAGCAGCUAAAAAGAUUGAAGAGUAUCUAUGGGAACAAUAUUAAGAUGAAAAAGAUUGGAUUCCAAUUUAUAUAUCAUUACCAUAAUAAAAAAACCCAAAGUUUAAUCUAUUAGAUUAAGCACUUGAAUCUGAAAAUUAUGGGUUUGAUAAGGUGUAAUUAAAAGAUUUCAAAGAAGAAAUUUGUAACAAUAAGAUUUAUGUAGUAAUAAUUCUUGAUAGUUACGAUGAAAUGAAGCAAGAUUCUAUUUAAUCCAAUUUAAUAGAAACAAAUAAUCUAAUUUAAAAUCUUAAUAUUAAAAAUAAUUAAAAAAAGAAUGUAAAAUUUAUAAUAACGACUCGUAAAGAAAUAUUGACAAGUUUAGGAUAUUAAACAUGGUUUUAUGGGGAAGAUCUUAAAACAUUCAAAGAAGUCGAAAUCAUGAAUUUUGAUGAUUAAUAAAGUGAAGAGUAUCUAAAACAUUAUGUUAAAUUGAGUAUUAAAAGAAGAAUUAAAUCAUAAUAUGAUUUUGUUAAGUAAAUAAAAAAAUAGGAUGUAGAUGUUUAAGAAUUUUUAGAUAUUUGGAAUAACAUUUUGGUAUAAGUUGACAAUUAAAAUAUAAAUGAUAAAAAUUCUACUUAGUUAUUAACUGAUUAAUAAAUUGAGAAUAUUUCUUAAAUAUUAAAAAAAUAAUCUGCAUUUUAAUAUGUUUAAGAUAAUUAGCUAAUUAUCUUAAAAAAAGAACUGAAAGACUUAUGGAGUGCAAAUUUUUUUAACAAUACAAUUAAAAAUCUCAACAUUUAAAAUUUGUUAAAAACUCCAUUUAUGCUUGAAAUAGUGGUUUAAAUUCUACCAAGUCUUUCUAAAAAAUAUAAAGGAUCAAAUGAAAUGAAGGAAAUGUUUAAAAAUAAUUUACUUUAACUAAAAAGAAAGGAAAAUUUAUCAAAAAAGUUAUUAUAAAAAUAUAAAUAAUAGGCAUAAUAAAAAGAUCAAGUAAUCAUAGAAGAAUAUAAAAUUUAGUAAAAAUAAAUUGAACAAGAUUAAGAGGAUUAAUAAUAAGAUAACAAAAGUUUAAAAUAAAUUCUUGAUAAAUUAGAAAGCUAACGAUUUUUUGAAAAUUUUUCAAUAACUGAUAUAUCUUUAGUAUAAGAUUAAUUAAAAUAUAUAAAUGAUGAUGAACUAAAAGUUGUGAUAGCUGCUUUUUAAAUGAAAGUAUUUACAAUAUAUGAGUUUUAUUAAAACUUCAUAGAAUUUUAUCAUGAAUAAUAAAUUUAAAAACUUAGAUAAUUAGGAAAAGUUGAUAAUGUGGAUAGUUUUACUAAAGAUUUAGUAUAAUUUUCAGAAUCAUUAGCUAUAGAAAUGACAAUUAAUUCAACAACAUUAGUGAAUUAUGAAUAAAAAGGAAGAUUAAAAUUAACAAGUCAUUAUUUCGACUAAAAUGAUGAAGAUUAGUGGAAAAUGUAAUAUUUUGAUGAUUUGGAAGAUGAAUACAGGAAGCUUGUUAGAAGUUCUGUAUUGAUUAAUUUGAAAGGGAAAAGCUAUUCGUUUAACCAUAAAUCUUUAUAAGAAUUUUAUGUAGCCUAACAUAUAAAUAAUUUAAUUGAUAAACUUGAAAUUAUAGACAAUAAACUUUCUGAUAAAAGUUUACUUUAUAUAAAAAAAUCAGUUUUUAAUAAAGAUUAAUUUAAUAUUUUUAAAGAAAAUUACUUAGGGUCUUUGAGCAUAUUGAAACAAAAAAUAAAACUUAAGGAAGAAAAUACUAAUAAAUUGAAAUAUAUUGCUAAAUUAUCUAAAAAUAAAAAAUUUAAGAUAGCAUCUUCAAAUAGCUUUUGUCUAUUAAGUUAUUUAUAAGUAUAUCUAGGAGAGUAAGACUAUUCAGGAAUACACUUAGAGAAGACAACCCUUAAAGGAUUAUCUUUUUAUAAAAGCAAAUUUUAAAAUUCAAAUUUCAAGGAAGUAAUUAUUGAUUCUUGUUUAUUUGAUGAAGCUAAUUUGGAGAAUGCUAAAUGGGAAAAUAUAAUAUGUUCUGAAAAACCAUCAUUAGAAGGACAUUAAGAUAGUGUUGUUGUGAUCUAAUAUUCGAAUGAUGAUAAAUUGAUAGCAAGUGCAGAUUCAUUAAAUGUUGUAAAAUUGUGGGAUGUUGUAACAUUUGAGAAAGUAGGAGAAAUAAGAGAUGUUUCUGGAAAACCGAAAUUCUUAGUAUUCUCAGCUGAUAACCAACUUUUAUUUGUAGGUGAAGAGAGGAUUGGAUUUAGAUUUCUAGGUCAUAGUUCAAUUACAGAUAUAGUUGAAUCUUGGUUGAUAAUUGAUCCAGAAAAUAUCAUAAAAUUAAGGAAUAUCAUUAAUAAAUAAGAAUAAAUAAUAUAAAUGCAAUUAUCAUCAAAUUAAAAUUAAUUAUUAAUUGUAGAUAAUUUUGGAUUAAUUUAAUUUUGGGAUAUUGAAAAAAUUAAGAAAAAUGAAUAAAAAAAUGAAUUUGUUCUAAAAAGCUCUGAAUCGGAGAUAAACUUCAUUUAAUUCUUCUAAAAUGGUGAAAUGUUGGCUUCCGCAAGCUAAGAUAACAAAGUAAUACUUUGGAAUGUAAUAGAAUAAAAAGUAUUAUCAAUAAUCGAAAUAUCAUUUUAAAUUACUUAUUUAGCAAUCACCUCAGAACUUCUUUAUUGUGUUUCUGCUAAAUCUGAAAAUUUCUCUGUUUGGAAUAUAAAAAACAUUAAAUAACCUUAAUUUGUUGCUUUUAAAUCUAAAAAUACAAUUUACAGUAUAAUUUUUACCCCAGAUGAUUAGUAUUAAAUAGAAAAUCUUGGUAAUGCUAUCUCAAUUCAAAAAAUCAGCAACAUAUGGAAUGAAUAAAAAUACUAUAGAAUAACUAAUUAGACUUGUAUAGAUUUUUCAUCAGAUGAAAAUCUAAUAGCUACAAGUUAUUUAGAUGAAAUAUCACUAUGGUAAUUAUAAACAAAAACUAAAAUAAAUACCUUCAAAAAUAAUUAUUGUGUGACUGAGCUUUAAUUCAUAGCGGAUGGAAAAAAACUAUUAGCUGGUAAUUAGAAAUAUGGUUUUACAUUAUGGUGUGUGGAGAAAUGUCAAUUAAUUAAUGACUUUGAAAUUCCCUACAAAAAAAAACUAACAAUAUCAUCCGAUUUUGAUAAGUUAGCUAUUUAAGCAAUUGGGGGAUAUUCUGAAGUAGUAAUAAUUAGUUUAAAUCAAUACAAUACUAAAAAGUUUUAUUAAACGUUAAUUUAUGAGGCAAAGAUAAUCUCUCUUUCAUGGGAUGAUCAAUUAUUUGUGACUAAGCUUAAAUCUAGAUAAUAUGUUAAGAAAGUUGAAGAUUAGGAGUAAAUUGAAUUUGAGAACGGUCAAAAUGAUUUUUGCCAAUGUGUAUUUUCACAUUAAUCCUCUCUAUUUGCAAGCUAUAAUGAAGAUUCAAAAACUUAAAUUUGGACAUAUAAAGGAGUGAAAUUUAAUGAAAAACAUGAAAAUAAAUUUGAUUUCAAAAUUUCGUUUAUGGUAUUCUCUUUUAAUGAUAAAUAUUUAGCUAUGACAUCUAAAUAAGAUAAAUUAAUAAAAAUAUGGGAUUUUAGUUAAAAUUAAAUUUAUACUUUAUAAGAAUCGAUUAAUGAAGGAGAGGGUUGGUAUGAUGAUAGUAUAGAUACAGAAAUCUGUUUUUCUUGUGAUAGUCAAUAUGUUGCAUUUUAUAAUAAUGAUGAAAUAAAAAUAUGGAAAUUCAUUACUGACUAGACUGUUACUAUUAUUAAAGCAGAUAAUUCAAAAAUUAGAAUAAUUGCAUCCUCUCCAAAAUAAAAUUAUUUUGCGACAUCUAGUAAUGAUGAAUUAAAUAUUAAAUUUUGGAAUUUUGAGACAAAAUAAUUAUUACAUUAAAUUAAAACAGGUAAAUGGACAGGAUGUUUAUGUUUCACAUAUGAUGGAAAAUAUUUAAUUAGUGCUAGAACAUUCUUGAAAUUAUGGGAUAUAUCAAAUUUUCCAAAAAUCAAAUUAUGUUCUGCCACAGAAUCUAAUUAUUCUGAAAAUGUAUAAAGAAUCUGUUGCUUACAUUAAAAAUAAGGUAUUUGGUUUUGUAACCAAAAAAACAGUGGGAUAUUGUAAUUUGAUGAGUUUAAAUAUUUAGGAAUAUUAGCAAGUUCAAAUGAAAUGACAAUUAUAUGUUAAUUUUCAUUAGAUAAUCAGUUUAUAGUUGGUGGAAUAUCUGAUAAAGUUUGUAUAUGGAACAGUGAUAACAACUACCAAAUUGACUUUAGUUUUAAAAUUUCUGCUAACUCAUAUAAAUAUCACAAUACAAUUGAAUCUGUUACAUAUUGCUAAGAUUAAAUAAGACUUGUUGUAACUAUUUCAUCUGGGAUAUAUAUUUUAAAUAUUAAAUCAAGGAAUUUACUUGAAGUAAUUCCAAAUCUGAAUUCUGCGUGCUAUGCGAAAAUGUUUUUCAAUGAUUAAUAUCUUUAUUCAAAAGAAUUCAAAUGCGUAAAAAUUUGGAAAAAUGAUGGAGAUAAUCGAUUCACUUUAAUUGAUUAUUAUAAUUUAGAAACUAUGGCAAAAAUUGACUUUUCGAAAAGUGGAAAAUAUUUGGUAAAAAAAAGUGAUAAUAAUAAGAAGAAAUAAAUUAUAAUUUAUUCUUUAGAUUAUUUUAGUGAACAACAAUUUAUCCUUUUUAAUGAUAUAAAAUCGAUAAAAAUAUCAAAUAAUUCGCAAUAUUUGAUCUUUGGAAAUCAUGAACUUUCACGGUUAGUUGAGUUUAAAUCAAAUGUUUUUAUUAAAGAAUUCACUAAUUUAGGGUGUUUUGAGUUUUGUCCUGAUGAUUAAAAUAUAAUUUUUUGCAGGAAUUAAAAUAAUAUCACAUUAUACAAUAUUGAAUAAAAUAUGACAACUAACCUUUGUAGUAAUGUAGAUUACAGUAAAAACGAAUAGUUUUAUGAAGAUUCCCAUCUGUAUGAUGACUCAAUUAUUUCAAUUUAAUUUUCAAACUUUGGAAAGAUUUUAGUAAUAAAUGAUGGAAUAGUAAUAAUUCUUUUGAAUAUGAUAGAUUUUAAUCAACCUUAAUUUGUUGGAGAAAUAGUCAAAACACAAACUUCUGUUCAACCAAUAACAUCUUCUCAAUAUCUUGCUUCAAUAGUGGAUAAAAAUUCUAUUUAAUUCACUGAUAUGAUUGAAAGAAAUUUUGUUAAAUCUAUUAAAAUAAAUAAAGCAAUAAGUUGUGAUUUGAAAAAUUUAGUUUUUUUUUAAAAUGAAACAAAAGUGGCUUAUUUAUAAAAAUUAUCCAAGCAUAUCGAUUUUGUAGUUGAGGAUUUGAUUAAUCAGAAAAAGGAAUAUUCAUGUUCAAAUAAAAUACAUUAUGACACAAUAGCAAUUUCAAAAGAUAGAAAAAAUAUAGUAUUUUCCUCAAGUAACUAACUCUUUUUUUAUGAAAAUGAGCAACACUAAGAAUUCAAUUAAUUGGAUGAGAAUAUUAGCUUCUUCAAUUUUUCAUUCUCUUAAGAUUCAAAAUACUUAGCAGGAUGUGGGAGUAAUAAAAUAAUAUAUUUUUGGGAUUUUAAAGCAAGAAAAGUUAUGGAUAAAUUUUAAGGUCAUUCUGAACAUGUUAAUAUGGCUUUAAUUUUUUAAAAUAAUACAACAUUAGCAUCUUGUAGUGAUGACAAAUUAAUUAGAUUUUGGAAUUUAAAUGUUAAUUUUAAUAGGAUAUCUUAAGAUGGACAUCAAAAUAGCAUUUGCAAUAUAGAGUUUUCAGCUGAUGGUUUGAUUUUAUAUUCUGGAAGCGAAGAUUAAACUCUGAAAUUAUGGGAUAUGUAAAAUAAGGUUCUAUUAAUUUCAAAAACUUUUAAUUAUAAAAAAUUCUAUUUUUCAAUUUCUCAAAAUUAAGAGCGUCUCAUCAUAACAAAUGAAGAAAAAGUAGAAUUAUGGAAUAUUUCAUAGAAUUUAGAAAUACAGAAGUCUCAAUUUGAGAUCAAUUUUGGUGGAUAUUUCCAUUAUACAAUAAAAAGUAAAUUUCAAAAGAUGUAAUUGUUAUCAAACGAUAAUUAAUUCAUUACUUUAUCAUUGAUUGAUUUUUGGGAUUAUGAUGUUGAAAAAUCCUAAUUUUCUUUAGCAGAGAUUUGGGAGAAAAAGGAUAAAAUUGAUGAGUCAAUUAUUUCUUAUGAAUAUAUUAAUGCUGAUAUUGAAAUAGAUCUUAUCAAAGUAUCUUAAGAUUUUAAAUAUAUAUGUUCUGUAGAUUAUCAAAAUAAUUUAACUUUAGGGGAGUUGUCAUAAGCAUCUAAAUCAAAUUUAACAAAAUUGAAAAACUAUAAUUAACUCAAGAUCAUUAAUCUUCUGUUUUCAAAUAACUCUAAAAUAUUAUCCUCUGUUGAUAGUUAAAAUGUAGUAUUUAGAGAUUUAGAUGGUGAUUAUUUGCUAUGUAGUCUUAGAAUAAAAAUUGAACCAGAAUAUUUUUUCCAAAAUUUUACAGAUGAUGACAAAUUUUAUUAUACAAACUUUAAACAUUAAAUUUAUUUAUGGAAUGUUAAUUAUUUAAUAAAAGAUGAAAAAUUGAAAAUAUCUGAGUCAGAGUUAGAUAUAGAUAAUCUUUAAGUUCAAUAUUUUACAAUAUCAAAUAACCUGAAGUAUUUUGCUAUUGGACUUAAUGAUUACGAAAACAAUAAUAUGUUAAGGGUAGUAGAUUUAAAUUCAAUGGCGACAUUAAAAAAUUCCAUUUAAAGUAGUAAAAUUAAUUUAUUACUAUUUUCUGAUGAUGAUCUGCUUUUGGCAGUAGCAAAUGAGUUAAAUGAAAUAUUAGUUUAUGAAAUAGCUCAAUUUGAAAAAAAGUACUUUUUUCAAUGCCACUAAGCUUAGAUAAUCAAGAUGUAGUUCUUUUUUUAUAAAGAAGCUUAUUAAAUAGAAUAUUGUGAUAAAUCCUAAUAAAUAGAAAAUAGUGAAUAAUCUUAAUAAAUUGAUAAUUCAGAUGAAUAACCUGAUUAAAUUGAUAAUUAAGAUGAUUAACUGGACUAAAUUAAAAAUAAUGAAUAAAAAAAUACUUAACUUGAUUAAAGUGAAAACAGUGAAGAAAAUAAAAAUGAUAUAACAGAAAAAUUAAUUUUAAGUUUAAUAUCUUUUGAUAAAAAUUAUUCAAUUGCAAUAAAUUUUUUGGAUGAUUCAGAUUUAUAAAAUUAGACCUUUUAGUUCUAAGACAAAUUUGAAUAAAAAAUUUAAUAAGUUAUUUUUAGUCAUAAUGUGUCGUUGUUUGGUGUGAUUACCCAUGAUUAUGACAAUAAUUAAUUCUAGUGCUUUAUAUAAGCGUGGUCAGAAGAUGAACAGAAUUAUGUAAGAUAUAAAAAAAUUAAUAAUUGUAAGAUUGCUGAGUUUUGUUUUGAUGAUAAUUUUAUAGUAUAUUGUAAUUAGAGAGCAGAAUUACAUCUAAUUUAUCUAGAUUCAAUUAGUUAAUAUGAGAAGAUAGAAGAAAAAUAAAUAUAUCACAAUUAUGCAAGUGAAUCAUUUGAAUUUCUUAAAAUAAGUUAGUAAAAAUCAAUCGUAUUUACAGGAAAUAAUAAAUAAAUUUAUUGUUGGAAAUUAUGUAGGGAAGAAGAUAAGGCAAAAUUUAUAUUGCUAAGGAUAAUAGAAAAUAAAGAUUUUAUUUACACAACAAUGUUUUUGAGACAAGAAAAUCACAUAUAUUAUCUAAUUAAUAAUAAAAUUUAGAAAAUAGAUUUUACAGAUACUGUAGAAAAACUAAAAUCUUGCCUUAUAUAUAAAUGCGGCUAAAAUGUAGGAGACCAUUGUUACCAUUAUAAAAUAAAAAAUUUAAAAAUACCUUUAUUUAGAAUAUAAAAUUGCCAUUUUUCUUCAGAUCUUUCAUUAUGCGUUUGUGUGGGGGAGGGGGAUUGUUUUAAGACUUUAAAGAAUAGACCAUUAUACUAUAAAUAUUUAAUACUAUGGGAUGUUAAAACAUUAAAAUAGAAGACUUUAUCACCAUGUACUAAAUUCACUCACUCUGAACAUGACGAAAUUUUAGUGCGCUUGAGUGAUGUUGCCACAUUCUUUCCUAAAAAAAAAAUUUUGAUUUCAAAUAGAGAUGAGUGUAUUGUAUUUAUGGAUUGCCAAGAUAUUGAUUCUAUCACAGAUAUAGCCAUUGUGAAAGAGAACGAACAUUUUGAUAAGGAUUUGAUAAUCUAAGAGAAAUAUAGAGUUAAACAUUUAAUAGUCUCUAAAGAUGAAAAAUUGUUAAUAUCAAUAUGUCCAAUUGGUAUUUUAAAGCUUUGGAAUAUCUAUUAAAUAAAUUAAAUAACUUAAAUACGAGUCAUUUAUUCAAAAUUUUUAAAUCGUUAUAGUUUUACAUAGGAUAUCUUUUGUUAUUGCCUUUAAAAAAGCAAGGGUGAAAAAUUUAUUUUGAAGCAAAUCAAUCUCACAAAAUAUCCAGUGAUAAAGACCUUUGUAUCAUUUAGUUUGUUUUAUACAUUUUCAAUUAUGUAGUUGUAAACUAUAAUUGCAUUUGGAGGACAACAAUUAGUACUUUGGAAUUAUAUGACAAAUAAAAAUAAAGUUAUCUGGAAAUAGAAAAAAGAUAAAUAAUCUACCGAAAUUACGUCAGUAAUAUUUGGAAAUAAUAGUAAUCUUUUAGCUGCUGCUCGCGAUAGCAUAAUUAUCUUAAUUGAAAUAAAAAAUGCUGAACCCAUAAAAUUCUCUGUUAUAAAAAAAUUAAAAGGACAUCAAGAUAAAAUAAUAUGCUUAUCUAUUCUACAUGAUAAUUCAAUGAUUAUAUCGGGUUCAAGAGAUAAAACCAUAAGAUUUUGGAGCAUUAAAUCAUUAACAAAUGUAUAAAUCCUUUAAAUUUUUUUUGAAAAUAUUUCAGAGAUAAAAUUAUCGCCUAAUUGUAUUGAUAUGGCUGUAGCUAUGGAAAAUGGAUCCAUUAGACUUUAUAAACUUAUGUUUCCAGAAAAUAUUCAUGAUGAAAAAUUAGACGAAAUCAAUUUAAAAGGAGAAUAUAUUCAUUGUUAUAAGAUAUUUGGAAGGGAAAGUCUGAUAUUUGCACAUAACUGUUCUUUAAAUGAGAAUACAGAAAUAUCACAAGAUGGAAAAUCUUUAGAAAGAUUAUUCUUGUAGAAAAAAGCUAAGAAAGUAUCUAUUAAGAAAUGAAUUAGUUUGAUGUAUGA